CCUCCCUGCUAAGCUGAUUAAUGGGGGCGUGGCUGGACUGGUGGGAGUGACCUGCGUGUUUCCCAUUGAUCUCGCCAAGACCCGCCUCCAAAAUCAGCAGAGUGCUCGUGUUUACAGUGGAAUGUGCAUAGGUUCUUCACUGGCAUCUAUGACUGCAUUAAGAACCUUUCACAUUCAUGGAAACUUUGAAUGUUAUUUAUUGUGGAAAACGAUUAUUUAGAUUUUUAAAUAGUUCUUCCAUUUAAAUGGUCAUGUGUAUACUCGUUUUUGUGCACUUGAUUUAAUUUUGUUUUUUAAACCUUUCUGCAUCUAAAAAACUACUGUUUAUGGUUUCACUCAAAGUGAAUCACGAAGGCAGCAUGUGUUGGUGAUUUAUUCUGGGCGGAGGACUUUGUCUUGAUUUUACUGAAUGACUCAGAUGAUGCAAAACAACUUGAAUCACAUGCUUUUGCAUGCUUGAUCUGUUCAUGCUUCCGAAAAUCCUUUAAGUAGCUUGCUCUUUAUGCAUGUGUGAUAUCUUUGAGAUAAAGAGAAGUGCUCUUUUUAGUGAUGGUAACAAGCGAAUACCCAAGUGGUUUGUGGGCAAGAGAAAGGCUGUAUUGUUUUAAGUUCUUUCUUCCACACAUUACUCACUCUUCUAAGAAUGUUUUUGUGAAUGUCUAAUUUGGCUGUUCAUUAUACACAGAUUUUACAUAGUUUUUUCUGGUUGUUUUGGGUCACCAAAUAUUAUUAAGGAAAUUUACAAUGCAUUUGAAUGAAUUGUGAAUUAUUAUUUUUUGCAUUUGAAUAAAUGAAUCACUUCAGUUAGCAUAUUUCAUAACCAAAUUGGAGUAUUUAAACUAAUCACACAGAACAUUUCUCUCUUAUGAAGGUUGGACUGUUUGACAAAGACAAUAAAAAUGGAGGGCUACUUUGGCAUGUAUCGAGGUGCAGCUGUGAAUCUUACACUGGUCACACCAGAGAAAGCCAUCAAACUGGCUGCCAAUGAUGUCUUCAGACAGAAGCUCUCCAAAGAUGGAAAAUUACCUCUGUGGGGGGAAAUCCUCGCAGGCUGUGGAGCCGGAACCUGUCAGGUGGUAGUCACCACCCCCAUGGAAAUGCUAAAAAUACAACUGCAGGAUGCUGGCAGGUUGGCUGCUCAGCGGACUGUCACUGCCUCUGCCGCUGGUCCGACCCCUUCACUGGUUGCCUCUCAGUCAGCACAGCCGAGCACCAAUGCCCCUCCUCGAACCUCAGCGACCCGUAUCACCCUGGAGCUUCUUAAGACUCGAGGCCUCAGGGGUCUUUAUAAGGGUGCUGGUGCUACACUGAUGAGGGACGUCCCGUUUUCCAUGAUCUACUUCCCGCUGUUCGCAAACCUCAACGCCGUGGGCCGAACUGAGGAUUGCCAUAGUAACCCCCAGGAGCGGGCCCCCUUCCUGCAGUCUUUCGUGGCUGGCUGCACGGCCGGCUCAGUGGCAGCAGUAGCUGUCACUCCCCUGGACGUUAUAAAGACUCGCCUACAGACUUUGCAGAAGGGGGAAGGAGAGGACUCCUAUAGAGGCAUCAUUGACUGUGCACAACGCAUUUUAAAACGAGAAGGACCAGCUGCGUUUCUUAAAGGAGCAACGUGUCGAGCUUUAGUCAUCGCUCCACUCUUCGGCAUCGCUCAGGGUGUGUAUUUCCUGGGCAUCGGCGAGCACGUGCUGGGGCUGCUGGGAUAGCAGCAGGUGACGUUCCCUCAGUAAUCAUACACACAGUACUGUUUCUACAUGGGCCAAGGGAUAAAGAUGAGUGAUAAAGGAAGGUGUGGUGAUGGAAAAAAAGAAGGUUCCAGACUUUAUUUGCGAUGAGGUAAAUACUGAGAGAAAUUCACAUACCCAAAGGAGGUUCAGACCCUUUGGGAAAACAGAGGCUUGUGUAACGCUAACAUAAAAGCUUAUAUUGCACACUAACUGUUUAAGUACCUAAAAACUAAAAAACAGGGUUCUUUAGGUAAGACAGGGUCCCGUUCUGACUAAUCUGACAGGGUUUUUUUUUUUUUGUCCUCCGUGUCUUGUCCAAUUACUAUUGUUUUUAAGCCGAUAGUUACAAUGAGUUUUAAACCAACAUGAUUUGUGAUAAUUGAUUUAUUGAUAAUUGAUUUAUCGAUGUGUAUUUAAAUUGCAGAAAGGUAUGGAAGCCCAUUUUCACAAAGAAUUGGACAAUUGGGAUUUCCCCCCCCCCUCUGAAUUCUGAGUUUACAUUUCACAAUUUGUUAUUCCUGCACCAAAUUAAAAAAUACAAAAGGCAUUAUCUCACAAUUUUCAGUUUGUCUUAGAAUUGCAAGAAGGAAAAAAAAGUCUGAAUUUUGUGAUAAAAAGUUUCAGCUACCUUUUACAUUUUUUAAUGCUGUGGCAGAAACAGGCUUGCAUAGAAGGAAGACUUGAAUCAAAGUUGAGAUGGAUUUGUAUAUUCUUAAUAUAUGUUUUGGCUCUCUACUGUUGAUUACCACCCAUUUAAACAGCAAAAAGUAAGCAGAAACUGGGUUUUGUGUCUGCUGACCUCAUCUGGCUGCUUCUCUCAGUAAAUCUCAGUCUCUACACGUGAAGAGACUGCUGGACUUCGCAGUGGAUGCCUUGUCCUCCUGUUUUAUGUUCCUCUGUGGGAUUAAAUUCCUUGUAGACUAUAUAAUGUUGGCUAAUUUUUUUUUAAAUUCUUCUUUAAAUGAUUUUGUUGAGUGCACAAUAAAUUCAAAAGCAUCAAAGCCUUAUCCAUGCCACUCAAGUUAUGUAUAUAUAGUUUAUUCUUAUGUAGAGAAUUUGUGGUUAAAUUUAUUUUUUUUUUUUCACAUUUGGUAGAAAAAGGGUAAAGUGAAAAAUAGAGAAAUGAGAUCUUGAAUAGUUUCAUUUUGAGUGUACUCCUAUAGAAAAAGAAAUUAAAAAUUGCUGUUAUUAAAAAUACAGUUUUAAUAAUACCAAGAAUACGAUAUUUUUCAAAGUAUGCAGUGGCAUAUUCCUGGAAGACAAGAUUUGGUUUCUGAUAAAUAUUAUCUCAGAAGCUUCCUAUUCAUAUAUUAUACUAAAUUGUAAAGCAACAAGAAAUCUGUAAAUUUAAAUAUGCAAGACUGAUAUCUGCUUAUUAAUUUGUUCACUGAAGAAUGUUUCUAGAAAACAUGGUCUGGAUUCAUCUGGUAAUGCAAAAUAUCCUUUGUGGACCACAACUGAUGCUAAUUUGCAUCUUGUAUAUUUGAACUCCACAAGAGGGCAGCAUGUUUUUAAUGUUAGAGGGAUAUGUAGCAUCUUUAAACCUCUUUCAGAUUUCUGACUUGAUGUAACCAAUAAGCAAUGUUUUGUUUCUAUUGUAAUGAGCACAGAAAUGCUUCAGAAUAAAAAUAAAAUAUAUUUA